UGCGUACAAAUGAUCUGUUCUGUAGUAUGAAGUCCCAGUAGUAUUUAUAAUGUUCGCCUCGCUCUGAUCCGAGAUUUGUGCCUUGUUCAAUAGAGUCCGAGGCAGCAGAGUCCUCCUCCUCGUCUCCUCGUCUUCCUCCGCCCAGAUGCUCGCAAGAGCGCCAACAUUGGAGAACGUGUGUGCAAUCUUUGUGAUAUGAGGAGGCUUCACAUUGAAACAAAAGAGCCAGUUCAGGUUGAGAGUUCAAGUCUAUAGGUAGCGGAACACAUUCUUGUGCUAGUGUGCUCAGUUUCCAUUCAUCGUCAGUCCAGCCAACAGACAAACAAACAAACAAGCAAACCCACCCACCCAACGAACAAAGUUUCUCUUAAUCGGUAGUUCAUGUCGAGUGCCUCAUUGUGUAAUUGGAUAAAGGGCAAAAGGCCUUUACUAAGGCAGUUAUGCAGCUAUUCGAAAAUGCUCUCGGGGGCCGACCCGGUCUUUCCGCAUCAAAUUGGAACAGGCACUCGUAUUCUUCAAGUAUGUCAACGGACACAGAGGAUGAUGUUGGCCUCACAAUGGAAGCGUCUGUGGCCAAGAUUAAUCUUGAGGAUCUCUCCACAGUCACCGUUAUGUUAAUAUCAGCUAACGUUGGCUCCAUUUUCGAGGACCCCGAGGCUCUUAUUCCCAAUUGGAUCGACGAGGUCAAUGGGCAUUUGGCCGCUCUCGAACCUCAGUUCGUGGCCAUCCAUUUCCAAGAGGUGGGAGGCAAAAGCAUGAGUGAUGGCACUCAAAUGAUUGUUCAACAAUUUGUCAAAGACUUUCUGGAGCGGUGUGAGCAACUCAAUUACAAUAGACAUUGCGUCUACUUUGACCAAAACUUCAAAAAUCCCGAAACAUUUACCGCGUUGGGAACCAUUUAUCUUAUCCACGAUACUAUCAAAAAGGUGGAGUCCUACAACUUUAAGACUCGUCAGUUCUCCGAACUUCGAUCAUCCGUAUCGCAUCUCUUCGAUCUUGAUUCUCCCAACGUCACAAACUUGGAGAAGCACAAAUUCCCGUUGCGCUUCUUCCCCGAAUCGAGGUGGUCCCGCAAGGGAACUCUUCGCUCCCGAUGGAAACUCCACGGAACCCCAUUUGAUCUCAUAAACAUUCAUCUGUUCCACGAUGCCAGCAACAUCGUGUCCAUGGUGGACUCGGCGCCCAACUCGAUCUACUGCGACUACCGACGAAACGCCCUUCAGUACACACUGGAUCGGGUCCACAACGACGAGCACGAAAGCUUGCCUUACUUCAUCUUCGGGGACUUUAAUUUCCGUCUGGACGGGCACAGCGUCCUUCGAAAACUCACUACCGGGUUGAGUCGGCGCACUUCCGAGAUGGGACUUGAAUACGUGAAUCGAAGUAGCCAAGUGAUACUGACCAUCGGGAAGAAAGAGUUCCACUUGGACAACCACGACGAGAUGUUCCAGAGCGAAUGGAUCCAAUGGAAGGAAUACGAUCAAGAGCGAUUCCACGUGGAGGAACGUCUGAGCGAGUUUCCCCUCAAGUUCCCGCCCACCUACCCUUUCGAAGAGGAUCCCAACGAAGGCACCAAGUACAUGAGAACGCGUUGCCCGGCUUGGUGUGAUCGCGUGCUCUUCAGCCAUCCCACUCGCGAGCUUUUUGAUCAAUUGGCCAAUGCAGAGUACGACGUUAUCGGAAGGGGCACUUGCAUGGGCGAUCACAAACCAGUUUACCUUCAGAUGCAUAUCAAACACAACGUCUCGGGGCUCAGCAUUCCCACCUACUCAGACUACUUGAAAUCGUCAGCUAAUUCCAGCCGAAAAACGUCUCCGAUUAAAGAAAAAUUGCCGCGUGUCGAAUCUCCAACAUACACAGAUCUUUUGAGCAAUCCGAAAAACCCUCCCGACAUUGAGGGCCCAAGCGGGGAGCCCGGGUGCAACCGAUGCAUCGAGAUGCCCGAGGUGAACUACAAAAUCAAAAUGUUCAAAGAGACGACGGUCUAGACGGGAGGGGAGAAGGAACAAGCGGAAUUAAGAACGACACCCCUUCUGAAGCACCCCCUAGAGCCACUCCCGCGUAUCUUUCAGUUAAUUCACCGUCGAUGUGAUUGAAUCUUCACAUUAAACGUCUAGUCUAACUGUUCACACAGCACUUCUUGUCGUUGGCGGAUGGAUUAACAAGCCGAGCAAAUGAUUGGAAAACGACCAUGCUCCACUCUCUGUUUGAGAAAAAGGUUCCCUAGCCAAGUACACCUGCUAAUCGUAUCCCUUGAUGGUUCAGGAUAGAUUCCUCCUUUUCAACACCGCAUCUUGAUGUCGUACAUAUUCACCGUUUUGCUAUUCAAAAUUUAUCUGUGAUAGAAUGAAUACUUAAAUGUAAUCCCACCGCUAGAACCGA